GCUUCGGGACAACGCAAAUGGAGAGUCGUUAUCGAUUACAGAAAAUUAAAUGACAUAACAAUAGGGGAAACUUACCCCAUUCCACAAAUAACUGAAAUACUAGAUCAAUUAGGCAAGAGUCAGUACUUUACAACAUUAGACCUGGCUUCAGGAUUUCAUCAAAUUCCUAUUGCUGCUGAAGACGCACCCAAAACCGCAUUUUCCGUACCCCAAGGACAUUUUGAAUUUACGAGAAUGCCAUUUGGCCUUAAAAAUGCUCCUUCGACAUUCCAAAAACUUAUGAACACUUGCCUGUCUGGACUUCAAGGCUCUCGCUGCUUCGUGUAUCUCGACGAUAUUGUCGUUUAUUCCCCUGAUUUAGCUAGUCACAUUCAGAACUUAUCCGCUGUAUUCGAAAAACUUAGAACUUAUAAUCUUAAGCUUCAACCAGACAAAUGCGAAUUCUUAUGCAAGGAGGUUGCAUACCUAGGUCACUUAAUAAAUAACGAUGGAGUGCAACCGAACCCCGAAAAAAUAAAAGCUAUCACUGAAUUCCCAAUACCGAAGUCCCCCAAAGACGUAAAAUCAUUUCUGGGUCUUGUAUCUUAUUAUAGACGAUUUAUUCCAGAUUUUUCCAAACUCGCGAAACCCUUAACAUCCCUUCUAAAAAAGGACGCAUCUUUCAAAUGGCAUAACGAACAACAACUCGCUUUUGAAACAUUACAAAACAAAUUAACCACUUCACCGAUAUUAGCAUAUCCCGAUUUUUCACAGCCCUUUCUAUUAACAUGUGACGCCUCUAACUUCGCCAUAUCCGCAAUCCUUUCUCAGGGUCAGAUCGGUAAGGAUCGGCCUAUUGCUUUUGCUUCCCGCACUCUUAACAAAGCUGAAUGCAAUUAUAGCGACAGAAAAGAAUGUCUCGCUAUUAUUUUCGGCACGAAAGCCUUUCGACCAUAUCUCUAUGGCCGUAAAUUCACUAUCGUAACAGACCACAAACCACUUCAAUGGCUUUUAACUGUAAAACCCGGAUCUAGACUAGUUCGUUGGCGCCUAAAACUAGAGGAAUUCGAUUAUAAUAUAAUCCAUAAGAAAGGAAAAAUUAAUACCAAUGCUGACGCUCUGUCCCGAUUCCCAAUUAAUCCAAUAGAUGUACCAUCUCCCGACUCUUUACCUACAAGCCCUAAUGAUUUAAUCGAUAACCCUUUGGAAGACCCCCUCUUAGAUCUACCCUCUUAUAUACCGUUCACAUUCGAUGAUAAUGAAUUAUUAAACAACGACACUAAUCGUAAACAGGAUACUAUUCCCGAGUCUGAUACUGCUCAUGACGCUAUCCCUACUCAUACUGAAGACAGUUUACCAGAACUUAUAGACCUAGGACCACUUGACCUUAGCCCACAGAGUAUUGAUAUAAACCCCAAUUUUGAUAACAUCGAAAUACCUUCGCCAACAGAAUCUAACACUAAAUCAGAAGCAAACGACGAAGACUAUUCCAAAUUUUUGAAAUCAAUAUCGCGUAAAGAAUUUAAAACAAAUACCAUUAUAACUGAACAUAACGAAAACUUACUCAAAUGCCCUUAUAAAACUAUAUUAAUACCCACUUCAAUCGACUUAGACGAAUCAAACCCGUACAUCUCUGAAAUACUCUCUACUGAUAAAGACAAAGACGAAAUUCUUAACGCUGAAAAAGAGCUCCAUUCCUUCCUGAAAAUAAACUUAGAAAAUAAAGAUAUUUACCUAAUUUUUACUAAAGUUCACCAUUUCGACGAAUCAUCUUAUCCUGAUAUAUACAACACCCUGAAACGAGCGAGAAAUGACAUCAUACUAGACUCAUCGAUCACAGAUAUAGCUACCUCUGACUUCAAAAACCCUUUCGACCGACAUUCCUACACUAAAAUCUACAAUAUUUUGACUUACCUGUUUCACGACACUCCAAUCCGCAUACACGUUUACGUAAAUAAAAUAAUUUAUCCUACAUUGAGUGAAAUACCCAAAAUACUAAGGGAAAACCACGAUAUUCCAAUCGCCGGGCACUUAGGCUCAUCACGAAUGUAUUCUAGGAUUAAAGAACAAUUUUAUUGGAAGGGAAUGAGAAGUGACAUAGAAAACUAUAUCAAGAAAUGCAAAUCCUGUCAAGAAAAUAAAGCCCUUAGGAAACUUAAUCGCGCCCCUAUGGAAAUAACCACUACUUCCACUGCACCAUUUCAAAGAAUAGCAUUAGACAUAGUAGGACCCCUACCUGAAUCUGGUACAGCAAAGCUGAAAUAUAUACUCACCAUACAGGAUGAUUUAUCAAAAUACUCUGUCGCUUAUCCGCUACGCAGCACAACAGCUGAAGAAUCAGCUGAUUGUUUAAUCCAUUUCGUCUCUCUCGGUAUUCCUAAAUCAAUACUUACCGAUCAAGAUAAAACUACUCUGGGCAUCACCCUAUCAUCCACAAACGCAAGGAGCUCUCGAACGUAG